CCGCGCCCCAGACCCUGGCAGCCUGGCGAGGAGGCGGCGAUUGUGUCGGAGCCGGCCCCUGAGAGAGGCCUGGAAUCUUCUCCAGCUAGAGAACUGUACUUUGGUGGGAAGGAUACUGUCUCCUGAGGACCAUUGCUGUGUGGGCUGGCUUCUGUAGGUGGUGAAUGAGGUUUGUUCCUUUUUCGGUUCCUAUAGAUAAGAGUGUAUCAAUCAUACCCUAAUAAAAAAAAGAAAUCUAUAGGUAGCUGGUCACUUUGAUUUAAUUAAGAAAAAGGAUAAAAACUGUUCAUUGAGAUCUAAGGUCUCCCUGAGUUGGCUGUAGGGCUUACCAACACUGGAAGCCAGCAAGGAAGGAGGAUAAAAUUGCACCAGAUCAGUACAGUCCAUCUCUACUCUCUCAUGUCCUGUGUGGCUGUCUUCACAGAGAAGCAUAUUUGGAAGACCAAAGCCCAUUUCUUUUUUCUACCUCAGAUCCAUCUCCAGCAAUGGCUAUGGUGGCCUUGGAGUGGCAGAAGAGCAUCACUUUCAACAGGUCUGCACUCAGGAACCAUCAUCUUCCCUCAGCUUGAGUGCCUAUGCCCUUUGUAUCAUUAACAUAGCUCAUGCGUUUGGAAAAGGGACUGUGUGACUUGCUGAACUAACAAUUGGCUCUAAGUCUUGUUACAAAGUUUGUCUUUGGCCCAGUAAAAGAGUCUUAAGACACAUCGAAAAUCUAGGCCAAGACUGUAUAGGGCUAUCUAUAUAACUGGGCUUUUCAGCCAUGGCAAGGGGUAAGAAUGAGAGUAGAAAGAAGGCCAAAACUGAAAAAAGAGCUGGUGUAGAUGCUAAUGAAAGGAGGGAGGCUACCUGUAUAGUCACACCCAGAGCCAAAACUCAGGCAAAAGCAAUACCCAAGGCAGGGUCUCAGGCACAUGGAGUAGCAGAGAUGAAGGCAAUAUCUAAGAACAGGAUUGUCACUGAGAUGAAGGAAGGAGGCCUGGCAGAUUUCAGUCCCAAAGCUGAAAAUGAGGCCAGUAGAGUGUCUCAGUUGUGUUCUGUGGCUGAGGCUAGUGCUGAAUCCAGGUCAACAUGUAAAGAUAAGGCUGGUAUUGAUGCCUGGUUUUGGGCGGGGCAAGAAGCCAAUGUUGGUUCCUGGUUCUGGAGUGAAGAGGCUGGUAAUCAUUCCAGAGCUAAGGAUGAAGAUAAAGCUGAUACUGGUCCCCUGUCCUGUGCUGAGAAGUUGGAGCCUGUGGCCAGGGCCAGCUGCAAGGGUAGGCCAGGGGCUGAAGAGGAGGAGGAAGAGAACGUUAUUGGGAACUGGUUUUGGGAUGGAGAUGAAACUAGUUUUGACCUUAAUCCGAGACCUGUGAGCAGGAUAGUUAGGCCCCAGCCUGUGGAUGAAAUUAAUGAAAAAAAUAGGCCUAAGGACUGGUCUGAGGUAACCAUCUGGCCCAAAGCCCCUGCUGUAACUCCAGCAGUGUUAGGAUUUAGAUCCCAAGUCCCAUUUGAGACAAAGCCUCCUUCAUAUAUUGUCCUGGCCUCAGCUGAGGAAAAUACCCAUUCUUGGCCUGAGGCAACAGCGUGCCCUUCUCAGAGCACUCCCUUAUGCUCACAACCUGUCCCUGAGUACCCAUUUGGUUCUGACCCUUGCAUCCAGACCAUAGAGGAGAUUAGACGCCAAAUCCGGGUCAGGGAGGGGAGUGGAAUUAAACCAUUUGCUUGCCCUUGCAAAAUGGAAUGCUACAUGGGUUCUGAGGAAUUUGAAAAACUUGUUACUUUACUUAGGUCAACUACUGAUCCCCUCAUUCAUAAAAUAGCUCAAAUAGCAAUGGGCAUCAUUAAUGUUCAUCCAUUUGCCCAACAAUUCAUUAAUGAGGUGGGUGUAGUGACGCUUAUUGAAAGCUUGCUCAGUUUUCCUUCCUCUGAAAUAAGAAAAAAAGCCAUAAUUACUCUGAAUCCUCCUGGAGACGAGAGACAAUGUAAGAUUGAAUUACGUAUUAAACAUAUGUGUAAGGAAACCAUGUCCUUUCCCUUGAACUCACCCGGACAGCAAUCUGGAUUAAAGAUACUAGGACAAUUGACUACCAACUCUGACCAUCACCACAUUGUUGCCAAUUAUUUUUCAGAGCUUUUCUACCUACUAUCCCAGGCAAAUCAUAAAACCAGAAAUCUUGUUUUGAAAGUACUUUUGAAUAUGUCUGAAAAUCCAAUUGCAGCCAGAGACAUGAUCAAUACAAAGGCAUUAGCAACAUUAAAACUCAUAUUUAACCAGAAAGGGGCAAAAGCCAAUCUCAUUAGUGCCGUGGCCAUAUUUAUUAACAUAAAGGAGCAUAUCAGAAAGGGCUCAAUUGUAGUUAUCGAUCACUUGAGUUAUAAUACACUCAUGGCCAUUUUCCAUGAAGUUAAAGUGAUUAUUGAAACAAUGUAAAAUGAGCCAGAAACAACACUUUGAACUAUCUCCAAACUCCAAUAGGCUGUCUGUUCCCAAAAAGCCUAGCAUAAUGUUUUGGUUAUUACAGUGCACAUUAAAAUUACAUCUUAAACAUAUUACCCAUGAAGUCUCUAGGUUGGAGCUAUACCAUUUUGGGGAUAUCAAAUUAACAUUACAUUGUGAGCAGAAAACAUCUGUUGAUUUUUAUCUUGUGUAGAUGGGGAACUUUUUAACAUUUUACAUAAGCAGAUAGUGAACCAAUUCACCAUUAGCUAAUUUGUUCAUUAGUAUCUGCUUAGAUUCAUUUGUAGCUGCAAAUGGCAAAAAAAAUCCUUGAAUUUAUAAUCUAGUUAAAGAUAUGCUUAUACACACACAAAGAUAAUAAUACACACAUGCAUUCAUACACUUACUGCCAAAUAUGUAUUCUUAAUAAGUAGGAAAACGGGUGUUGCUGUAGGCUAUUUAAUGUAAGAGAAGAAUUACUGUUUUUCUCUUUAUUCUACCUGUAUUAGCUAACUCAUUUUACCACAAAUAGCCCUGAAUCUCAGAUUAAGAUGUAAUACUUGUUUUUCUGUUUUGCCACUACAUUUAUAACUCUUCUAUUGUUAGACUAUUUCAUUUAUGUCAAAGUCAUUUCACAGAAAAGAAAGGAAGUAGAGGAAUGGAGAAAACCUUUGCUGAGUACCUGCUUACGUCACAUACUGUGUUGGCACUAUAUUGUAGAGCUUUUUUUCCCUCUUCUCACAGUGGUCCUAUGAGCUAGCUACUGGUAUUUUUAUUAUAACUCAAUAUACUGCAUCACCUACAAUGAGAACUAGGGAGGUUACUUUUUCUUAGAUACCACAGCAGGCAAAUAGCAUAGCUGUUUGUCUGGUAACAUGUUUAUCAUACCAAAACCCACCCUCUACAGUACCUUAUACUCGUCUUUGACUUUUUAGGUGGUGGGUUUAGGGCUGAGAUUGGUUUAAUAAUUCAGUUUUGCUGUAAAUUCUGACCCUGCAGUCUUACAAUUCUAGUUUCCUCCAAAUGCACAUGUCCAUUAGUCAUUUGGUUAAACCUGGUUGGAGGUCAGGAGAAAAGUCUGGGUGAGUGUAUGGAUUUGAAGUGGCAGUGACUGAGAAACAGCAGGUGCCCAAAACUGUUCAAUGAAUAAGAUGUAGAUUUAUUUAGAGUCAUCCCCAAAUGUAAUUUGCCAUAUGUCCUUUUUUUUUUCCAUCAAAGAACUGGAAUGAUUCUGUGUGUUGUUUCAUACAUUACAUUUAAAAAAGAUAAUUGCUUUCUUACUCUUCACAAAGUCAUACCUUAAUUUUUUUAACAUUUAUAAAUUAUCCUCUUUACAUAUGAAAAAUCAAAAAGCUCCAUCUUUUACUAGUGGGUAAGCCUACUUUCUGCAUUUGUACCAGCUAAAACUACAGGAUAAAUCUAAUUGGAGAAAUUUAGAUCCAGAACUGCAGCUUCAUCAACACAGAACAGAAAAGCUAAGAGAGAAGCUGUUACCUCAAGCUACAUGGUAGUAAUAUCUAGAAGUCUGUAUGCUCCAGAAAGCAUUCCCAGGAGUUGUAGGCUGUGAAAAUAUCCUCUAACACUCAUGGUUGGAAUUAAAACUCCUGGUCUGAGCUCAUGAGAAUUUCUCUUUGUGAAAAUACUGAGUUACAUGCUUUAAGAUUUUUAAAGAGUUAAGAAACUAAAACAAGGUCGUAUGUAAUUGUUUAAUUGUAACUUGCUUUUAAUAUUAUUUGUAACUAUAUUGCAAACAUCUUUCCAUGUCAAUAAAUAAAUUUCUACAACAUACUUUUGAAUCACUUCAUGCUGAAUCACUUCAUGUUUUUCCUUUGUUAACAGUUGUUGCAUAGUAUGCUAGUCUUUCAUUGCAAAUCCUCUUAAUGAACAAUAUGCACAAAUUUAUUCUUUUGUAAAAACAGGACUAUAGUAUUCCACAACUUGCCUUUUCAUCUUUAUAAUUACCUGUCCAAUUUAGUAUUAUACAGCUCUGCUUCAUGAUUUUACUUAAU